GAAAGUAGAUUUCAACAUAUUUUGAGGUUAUAGACGAGACGAAUCUCGAUCUCGAUCUAAUAUGAACGUAUUUACUCAACUAAUUAGCGAAUGAUUAAACGAAAUGAUUUAACCGUUCAAAAAUGAACGCCCUAUUGAUAUUAUUUUUGAUAUUUGUCGUUAUUUACUCUUGUGUUUCGUGGCUCCUACCGACGUUACUGGCAUGGCUGUUUAUGAGAAAAUACCACAUAAAGUUGAAAAUUGGUAGAAUCGCUGUGCCAAAGUUGAUACUGAAAGAUGUAAGCCUAUCCAAAGAUAGGUAUUCCAUACAUAUAGAUGAAAUAUCAUUUCAAAGUAGUUGCUUUAACUCCGAAAUCAAUAAACUUGUAUCUGUCGUCAUACGAGGAGUGGAAGUCACUAACAAUGUGGAGGAAAAAAAGAAUGUUGUUGUGGAAACCAUCCUCAAACCACUGCUGUCAAAGCAGAACUCUGCCGCAAGAUCCGAUAGUUAUGAAGACAUGGCGGACUUCAGUAAUCUUGAGAGUAACCUGAAUAGGAUAGCAAAUAAGAAGCUGUUGGAUUUUAGAGACAAGAAACUGCCACCGAGUUUGAUUAUGUUUGCUCAGUUCAUGGGGGUACACAUAUUUAAUGCAUCAGCCACCAUCCACAGUGGGACAGAGAACCCGUGGUCCCUAACUCUUACUGCUGCGGAAGUGCACGCAGAUGGCGCUGCGGGCGGGCCUGCGCGUGCGCUGGUAUUCUCUACGAAGUUAGUGGAAGCUAAGGCGAAGGUGGUGGGAAAGGGGGAGUGUUUGGGGGAAGCUGCCUGCUGUCUGGUGAUUGAGGGAACAGUGAAAGCUGAUGGGCCUUUGAAUGUAGAGAAAAUCCACGCAUUAGUCAGUAGUACGUCAGUGACGUUUAAAGACGAGUUGUAUCAGUUCUUGAAGAGCCAGAAGAAGCGCCGGCGCACCCCCGUAUUGCAUGUCAAUGAUGAAGAUCAUCUCGCCACUUUAAUCCCGAGAUUCUCGCCUGUUAUACCAAAGAUUUUCAGCCUAAAGAUAGACUCGACAAGAAUAAGCUGUAAAGACAAGACUGUAAAUACUAAUUUCGAAAUGUCUCUACAGAGUUUACAAGUAAACUCUAGAUUCAGUGCAGCAUCAGUACACUACGACGAGACUGGUGUGGAGGUGGGCGGUCUACCGCAGGUGUACGUCGCCUUCCAGAUGGAGCAGUACCAGCUGGUAGCAGACGCACAGCCUUUAGCUGUUCUUAACAAGCUCAAACUUGAUGCUAAGUUGGAGAAAGGAGUUUUAAAUCUAUAUUUAAUAAUAAGUACAUUGAACAUAAGUUAUAGUCAUACGGACGCAUUUAAAUGGUUCAAGUCUGUUAAAGACAAAAUAAGGAAAGCACAGCCGUUACAAAUUAUGGAAGUGGAGUCGACCUCUCCCUCGCCCCCAGUAUGGUUGUCCCGUAUAUUCUCGUCGUGCAUAGUGCAGGGGUGCGCGGAGUUACGUGCAGUGUCCGUACACGCGCGACUGACCAAUCACAACGCACUCGGCUUCGGUUGCAGUGGCGUCAAGGUCAAACUCGAUCAGCUGUUAGAGACUAGAGAAGAGUGGUACCGCUGUUCAGUAGCUCGUCAGGCGGUAGGGGGUAAUCAAUGGGGAGCUGAACUGCUGGUGGAUGGGGGGUGGAUGGCGUGUGGACCGGUCGCGUUAACUAUACGCUCCCCUCCACCGCGGAGACACCAUACUUGGGGGGAGGCUUUGUUAGCUGUGGCACUUGUAAAGUGGGCCACUCAUGGACCGAAUGACUCUAAGGUAGAAGCAAUGGUAGACUGUCUCCGUCUAGAAUGGAGCCCUGUUAUAGCUCAAACCAUCAUAUCACUAGCAGACUGCAUUAACGAGUACAAGACCCCGUCUGCAAGGGUUCAGGACCUUGAAGAAGUCCCAGAGACCAGCUCCAAUAUAUCUGUUAACGUGGCCUUGUCUCAUAUUAAUCUGUUCCUCAUUGUCAACGAGGAUAUGUGCCUCAUGACUAGGGUAGAUGCUGUGACCUUGGAGAAGAAUGUUAGCAAAUCUGGUGCUGUUAUAUCUGGAUUGAAGGUUGUGGAUAUAGUGCCUUAUAAGGGAAACAUCCAUUGUCAGCGAUCAGACGAGAUUCCAUCGACAUUUUUCCACGUGAAAUUAGCAAGGAUAGAGUAUCUUCUCUCGAAAGAGAAAUACUCCGCCCUCCUAGAUGUCCAAUUCAUUGAGAACGUGGACUUAGAGUGGAGUGCCAACUUACACCUUAAAGUUCUAACCUUCGUUAGAGCCGUAAAGGAGUUCCAGCAAGAGUUGAGAGUGAGAAGAAGUGAAGUUGUGAAGAAGGAAGGAAGAGCACUUGACUGGAGGGUUGCUUUUAAGGGGGAGACGAAUUUGGGACUUAUUCUGUCAAUGGAAAAUAAUAUGCUGUUUGCUACUGAUGACAUGACAAUAGCCUACGACCACGAGAUAGGCCUAUCCAUCGUGUGGAGCAAGCUGAACAUGAUCCUCAAUGGAGACGAGGUCAUAAUGGUGGAAGGUUACUCCCAGGAGCGAGUGGCUGAUGACCUUGAGGUCAGAGUAGAGAGGAAGGCCAAUGAAGGGUUCGCGCUUACUUGGAAUAAGGUUUGGUUAGUAACAGUGGAUUCAGUCCGCGUAGUCUUUCCCUACAAGCAUCGGUUCGCGGAAGCUGUGCAAGGAGACUUCGUGUCUCUCUUCAAGUGGAUCAAGCUGGUGCAUGGCAUCAAGAAGAAACCGUUCACUGUUGACAGCCCUCUGCCUAGUGAUCUACAUAUAAAGAUUGAAGAGCUUCUGAUAGAGAUGAGCGAUGAUCCGUUCGAAGUGAAGCUGCGCGACAACUACGAGCUGCUCGAAGACGAGUAUAAGGAGAGUCAGAAGCGACGUACCAUGCUCGAUGCCAAGGUACAAGAACUAUGCAAGCCCCAUCUCUUCCUACCAGCGGGGAAAGUAGAAGAACUAUACGCAGCCCUGCGCCAAAAAGACGCACAGAUAUACGUGCAGCGGUGUCGCGCCGCCCCCCCGCCCCGCACCCGCCUCGUCGCGUGUUGUCUCUCGAGAUUCUCGCUAGUCGCCUUAGCAGACCCCACUAUACAUGGAACGCAAAAUGCGCAAGCAAGGCUCCGGGAGAUCGACCAUGACAGUCCAUGGCCAGAAGACGGCAUCGAGUUCACGACGCUCUGGUGCCGCAGUAUCAACAUGAGUUGCUCUCAGUGGCAACUACUACUAAGGGAUUUCCCUCAGCCACUGCUGAGUAUGAGCGAGCUGAAGAUGUGGGGUACCUUACUGGCGGCAGAGGAACAGGCUCCACCACGAGCGGUCCGUACAGUAACGAUAGACCAGGGUGCGCCGUGGGGCGAGCAGGAAUUGGAACGGAGUAUGAUGCCGCUCAAGUGGUACUACGAUCUCUGCUGCGAAAUGGCAGAGUACAGCUACGCUUUCGGGCCAUGCUGGGAGCCUGUCAUCGCUCAUUGCAACUUGUCCUUCGACCAAGUAUCCCGUCCGUCUCUGGAUCCCUCCGCGCCUCUCUCGUGGUGGGACAAAGUACGUCUGCUGAUGCACGGGCGACUCACAGUCAACUGCGCCAAGUUCACCUGUCUACUCCACGUGUCGUUAGAUCCCUAUAACACGACUGAAGAAAUGGAGGUCACUUGGACUGACCUGGUGCUGGAUUGGACUAAUGGUAGACUCGGUUUCCUGGGCACGUUAGACGUGUACGUCCGCACAGCGAGUAAGUACGACGACUGCCGCGUGCUCCGCGUCCCAGCGCUGCGCCUGUCUGUCAAGAUGGGCUGGCAGUGCGUCGCCGAUCCUAGGGACCACCAUGCCGUGGCUCCUUGUGCACCUACAAGGCUGCCCGAGUACUCUAGCAAUCAGGAACACGACUCUUACCGAGCGUUCAGGUCUCAAGGGCUAGAUCUCCACCUCAGCAUGGAAACCAAGCCGGUGGACAAAGAGGGAAACGGUCCCGUACUACUCCUGUAUGGAAGCACACUCAGGUGGUUCGAGAGUCUAAAACUGAUACUAUCCGGCAUCACGCGACCAACUCGUCGCGGGCGCAUCUUCAAGAACGUGCGCCCGCGCAAGCCUCAGCUGUCGCGACACUACAGAAAUGUUAGCGUGUCUGUCACCUUACAUAACUUACAGGUGUUCUACUGGUCAUCAUCUUCCCUCCAGCGUGGUAUUGAGAUGUUAGGAGUCCGAGUGACCUGUGGUUCCAAACACCGACUGUCCCUCGUGGCCACCAAUGACGGCCUCGUCCGGAGGCCCAGGGCCAACUGGACAACAGUGUACAUGAACUGUGAUCUUAAUGACGCUGAGAUCUGGUUGAAGACCUUAGCUGCUGAUGAAAAGGAUGGUGAAGAGUACUCGGGGCUAACUCCCCGCGUGCUAGAGAAGUGCUACUGCCUGUCGGUGCGGCGCGUGUCGUACGGCCGCGAGGCCGGCGCAUGCGCAGGCGCGCCGCCCACCCACCGCCUCGCUGUACACGACCUGCGCGGGGCAUGGACCAAGCUCAACCGGGACCUCGCCUUCGCACUCAUUGAUACUUACAUUAAGACUCAGCAAUUAAAGAAAAACUUAUCAACGAAAGCUCUUAAAGAGGAGGAGCAACCUAACACGUCUCCCAAACACCAGCGGGAAGCUGACGUCAUCUCUCCACCACCCCCAGUUAAUACACAAUCAAGCGGUGUAGCGGCAGGGUGCGGUGGGGGCAUGCUGGCGGCGCUGGUGGCGGAAGCCGGGGGCGCCGCGCCCGUCGUAUUCAGCGACGAGCUCAGCGGUGCUGAGGCAGACGCACCACCACCCAUCGCAACACACCUCCGACACGAACUCGAUGACGAUAAUUCUCAUACAGCCUGCCUAAUCGAGCUGGUGAACUCUCAAGUGGUGCUGAAGGGUUGCGAGACGCGCGGCUACGUGAUCCUGUGCGCGGCGCGCGCCGAGGUCCGACAGCGAGUGCGCCGCGCCCCCGCCGCCGCCGCCUGGUCCGGCGCGCUCUCCGCCAUGCAGUACUACGCCACCGUCAGCGCCGCCGACCGCGACACGCUGCUCGAGAACAUCCAGUGGGUAUCAGUGGAGGAGAUAGAGGAACGAUGGCAGAGUGCGGAGAUCAGUACCCUUCCCGACGUCCCACGCCUUGUGGGCAGCGGACACUCCGCUGGAGGGGUCAUCGGGAGGACAGUUGGGCCCAGUGCUGAUACUGGACUUGCACAGCUCCAACGCAUAGUGUCGCGGUGCGCAUGUGAGUUCUACUACGUGUCGCACGAGGAAGCGGAGUCGGUGUCCGGGCAGGGCACGGGCUGGGCGCAACAACAACCUUACGACUCCUUCACACUCAUGCAUCACGACCUUAACGUCUGCACCAACUCACUGCAGUACGCGAUGUUGCUGGACGUGGUGAACAACGUGGUGCUGCACGUGGAGCCGGAGCGGCGCCGCACGCUGGAGCGGCGCGCGCGCAUGCGCUUCCAGCUGCAGCUGCACCAGGACCAGGACCCGCGGCAACUCAUACACAAGCUGCAGACACAGGUGAGGGAGUCCCUAGCAAGACUACGAAGACUAGAGAAGGAGUAUUACCUCAAGAACAGGUCAAUGACAGGAAACGAUCCUGCUGCUAUGGAUGAGCUGAAGAAUUUGGAUGAUCAGGUGAACGAGUGCAAGGAGCAGGUAUGGUCUCUGGGCGAGGAGCUGGACGCGAUGGUCCGCGCGUGGCGCGAGGCGGGGCGGGGCGCGCCGGGCGCGGCGCGGGCGGCGCACGCGGCCCCGCACCGCUACAACGAGAUCUGCUUCAAGUCGGCGCGCUGGCGCCUCACCGACGCCGACGGACAGCUCGGCAUCGCUGACCUACUGCUCACCAACUUCUUGUAUACAAAGACUUCUAGGUCGGAUGACUCAGUGGAACAUCAGCUGGAGGUGGGCUACGUCCGAGUUAAGAACCUGCUACCCAACGAGCCCUUCCCAGAAGUACUGGUACCACAAGAGCCGUCAGGUCGGGCGCCACUAGCUCGCCGCGCGGCGUUGCGUGUCUUCUGCAGGGACAGACCUCCAGUCGGGGGCAUCGCUGUCAAAGAACAUUUCGAAGUUAAUAUUGUUCCUAUUAAGAUUGGUCUCACCAAGAAAUUCUUCAACACGAUGCUUAAAUUCUGCUUUCCUGAGCGUGAUCCUGAUUCCAUAGAGGACGGCGAAGAGGAAACAGAAGGCACCCUCAAAUCGGGGGCUUCUUCAUCCAGCCUUGUCUCUACUGGUUCUAAGAAGAUCAAGAAGAAGAGCAAAGAUUCUAAUUCUAAUUUCUAUGUAAAGAGAGAUAAGAAGGAUAAAGAUGAUGUCGAGAAAAUGAAGGAACGAGCAGAAAAAAACAAGCUGUUCAUCUACAUUAAGAUCCCAGAGGUACCAGUGAGGGUGUCCUACAAGGGAAGCAAGGAGAAGAACCUUGAAGAUGUGAGGGAUCUACCCCUAGUCCUCCCUACCCUGGAGUACCAUAAUGUGACGUGGACUUGGCUGGACUUGUUACUGGCCACUAAGAGUGAUACCAGACGGGUGAUAUUGUCGCAAGCAAUAAGACAGAAGCUGCAGCUGCACAGACGAGCUGCAGCAGCACCGGAGCCUCACGAGGAGGAUAAGGCCAGGUUACUGCUGGGAGAGAGGACGGUGGCUGAAAGUAAACCGCAGAAGAAAAGCACUCCCAGCGUGUUCAAAUUCUCCAAAUCAUAGCAUAAGUGAACGCUAUACAUACAAUAUAGCGCGGCAUUUAUGUACGAACCAAACUUAUUGACUGUCGCUUGAACACCUAAAUGCAAUUUACAAAAGAUUUUAACAGUUGUUUUCUACUCAUAGAAGUUAUGAAUGCCUCCAAUUAUAUGGACAAAUGGGCUGCGGUUUCCACCCCUUCCCCCCAACAUGGAGCCAUUGUGGCCUCUGGUUUUCAUCCAGUAGGGAAUUAGCUAGUGUUCCACCAUUUGAUGUUACAUUUUUGACAGCUUCUGGGAUUGGAUAAACUAAACCACGAAUAAGAGUCCCAUUGUGUCUUGUAAUUAGUAGAGGUUCUCUCAGUUGAUUCUCGUAAAUAAAUCGAAGUAUGUACACAAAAAUUGCGUUUGGGUUUUCAAAUGAAUAUUUUUAAACAUUCUAUACUGUUUUAAGAGGCUAAUAUUCUUAUAUAUGUAUACGGUGUAUAAGUUUAAUGGAUGUCUGUGUCAAUUUUAUCUAUGUAACGUGAACCAACUAUUUUAACUUUUUAAAUGAUCUGAUUUUGGAAAAUAUAUCAGUAUUCGAUUGAGAUGAUAUUAAACGUGAUUAAAAAGUAUUGAUAUUAUAAUGCGCAUCAUAUUUUUAUGUGCGCAAAAAGUUUGCGCAACCAACAUUUAACAUUUUUGCGCUUAUUUCAAAUGUGUAUUGUAUUUUAGACUUAAUAACUGUUUUGCGCAAGCUAAAUUCGUGCAGUCACUAUACCUUUCUGUCGUUAAGUGACAACUUAAAUUAAUUAGACUGCGCCAAAUGAAAUCAAUUCCAAGAUCACACUGCAAUGUCUCUUUUAAAAAACUCCUUUAUUUAGUGAUUAUUUGAGAUUUCGGUGAAUUUUGACUUCAAAUAAUAAAAUUAGC